GGAGGCGGGCGCUGCCGUGGAGACGCGCCGCGCUCUCCGGCGGAGCUGCGGGCUGGGUACUGGAGUCCGGUUUCGUGGGCCCUCGCGGCGCGGAGCGGCUGCAGCGGCGCAAUGCUGUGCGCCCGGCGGCUGGGCGGCCUCGGGGCCGGGCUCCGGGGCCGGUGGGUCAGCACCAGCUGGUCCCCGGUGGGCGCCGCCUUCAACGUCCAGCCCCAGGGCCGCCGCCUGGACCUGUUCGGCGAGCGCCGGGGCCUGUUUGGAGUUCCUGAGCUCAGCGCCCCUGAAGGAUUCCGUGUCGCCCAGGAGAAGGCCUUGAGGAAAACGGAGCAGCUGGUGCGCCGCGUGUGCUCUGCGCCUCCUGGGCCCCAGACCGUGCUCAUCUUUGACGAGCUCUCGGACUCCUUGUGCAGGGUGGCCGACUUGGCCGAUUUUGUGAAAAUCGCUCACCCCGAGGCAGCGUUCAGAGAGGCCGCGGAGGAAGCCUGUCGGAGCAUUGGUGCCAUGGUGGAGACGUUGAACACAAAUGUGGAAUUAUAUCAAAGUCUGCAAAAAUUAUUAGCUGAUAAAAAACUUGUGGAUUCCCUUGAUCCAGAAACCAGGCGAGUGGCCGAACUGUUCAUGUUUGAUUUUGAAAUCAGUGGAAUCCAUCUGGACAGAGAAAAGCGUAAAAGAGCGGUGGACCUGAACGUUAAAAUCUUGGAUCUGAGCAGCGCGUUUCUCAUGGGAACCCACUUUCCCAGCAAGAUUGAGAAGCAUCUCCUGCCGGAACACAUUCGGCAACACUUCGAGCUGGCCGGGGACCAUGUGCUGGUGGAUGGUCUGCGUACAGACGUGCCGGAUGACUUGGUGCGAGAAGCCGCUUAUAAAAUUUUUCUUUAUCCCAAUGCUGGUCAAUUGAAAUGUUUAGAAGAGUUGCUCAGCAACAGAGAUCUUCUGGCAAAGUUAGUGGGGUAUUCUACAUAUUCCCACAGAGCUCUCCAAGGAACGAUGGCUAAAAAUCCAGAGACUGUCAUGCAGUUCCUUGAGAAGCUAUCUGACAAACUCUCUGAAAGAACUAUGAAAGAUUUUGAGAUGAUACGAGGGAUGAAAAUGAAACUAAAUCCUCAAAAUUCUGAAUUAAUGCCCUGGGAUCCCCCCUACUACAGUGGUGUGAUUCGUGCAGAGAGGUACGACAGCGAGCCCAGCGCAUACCGCCCGUUCUUCUCCCUGGGAGCGUGCAUGGAAGGCCUGGAUACCUUGUUUAACAGGCUGUUAGGGAUCUCGCUGUGUGUGGAGCAGCCUGCAGAGGGAGAGGUGUGGAGUGAAGAUGUUCGGAAACUGGCCGUGGUUCAUGAAUCUGAAGGACUGUUGGGGUACAUUUACUGUGAUUUUUUCCAGCGAGCGGACAAACCGCACCAGGACUGCCAUUUCACCAUCCGUGGGGGCCGAUUAAAGGAAGACGGGGGCUAUCAGCUCCCAGUUGUCGUUCUGAUGCUGAACCUUCCCCAUUCCUCAAAGACUUUGCCAACAUUAUUAACUCCUGGGAUGAUGGAAAAUCUUUUCCAUGAAAUGGGGCAUGCCAUGCAUUCAAUGCUGGGACGGACUCGUUAUCAGCAUGUCACUGGGACCAGGUGCCCCACUGACUUUGCCGAGGUCCCUUCUAUUCUGAUGGAGUACUUUGCAAAUGAUUACCGAGUGGUUCACCAGUUUGCCCGACAUUAUCAGACGGGGCAGCCACUGCCCAGAAAUAUGGUGUCUCGUCUUUGCGAAUCUAAAAAGGUUUGUGCGGCAGCAGACAUGCAGCUUCAGGUCUUUUAUGCUGCUCUGGAUCAGAUCUACCAUGGGAAGCAUCCCCUGAGGAGCUCGACCACAGACAUCCUCAGGGACACCCAGGAGAAGUUCUAUGGCUUACCGUACGUCCCAAACACUGCCUGGCAGCUGCGCUUCAGCCACCUCGUGGGCUACGGUGCCAAAUACUACUCCUACCUGGUGUCCAGGGCAGUGGCGUCCAUGGUCUGGAGGGAGUGCUUUCUCCGGGAUCCGUUCAACAGGGCGGCGGGGGAGCGCUACCGCCGGGAGAUGCUGGCGCACGGCGGGGGCAAGGAGCCCCUGCUCAUGGUGCAAGGUAUGCUUCAGAAGUGUCCUUCUAUCGAUGACUUCGUAAAUGCCCUUGUUUCCGACCUGGAUGUGGACUUGGAAACUUUCCUCAUGGAUUCUAAAUGAUGGGAACACCGUGAAUCCUUUAAAUCAGUCACGGAGAUAUCAAUUUUGUUGUAAAUGCUACAACUUUGAACGUUUGUUUCUGAUUUCAGCAUUCAGUUCUGUAAUAACUUAUGAAAAACCUCAAACCAGUGGAACUUGGAAUAACUAACUUUUUAAAAUUA